AUGCUGCAUUUGAGUAAGGGUGAUUUUGUGUGGGUGGACUGUGGUACUGAGGUGCCUAUUGGGGCGGAGGUCAAGGUGACAGACACUGGUCAACUUCAGCUGAUUGACGAUGAAGGAAAGGAGCACAAGAUCAACAAGAAGACUGAGGGCACCAUCCGGCCUAUGCACCCCACCUCUGUCAAGGGUGUGGAUGACAUGAUCAUGCUCGGUGACCUCAAUGAGGCGGGGCUCCUCAGGAACCUCCUGGUGCGACACAUCGAAGGCAUCAUCUACACAUACACAGGCUCCAUUCUGGUUGCGGUCAACCCUUACCAGCUGCUGCCCAUCUACACCACAGACUAUGUGCAAAUGUACACAGAUCGACGUCUGGGCGAGCUGCCGCCGCACGUCUUCGCCAUCGCCGACAGCUGCUUUUUCAACAUGCGGCGCAACCAAAAGAACCAGUGCUGCGUCAUCAGUGGAGAAUCAGGAGCGGGGAAAACUGAGAGCACCAAGCUCGUGUUGCAGUUCCUGGCUGCAGUGAGCGGGCAGCACUCCUGGAUCGAGCAGCAGAUUCUUGAAGCCAACCCCAUUUUGGAGGCUUUCGGUAAUGCCAAAACCAUCCGCAAUGACAACUCCAGUCGCUUCGGGAAGUACAUCGACAUCAACUUCACCAAAGGAGGGGCCAUUGAAGGGGCCCGCGUUGAGCAGUACCUGCUGGAGAAGUCUAGAGUUUGUCGUCAGGCACCUGAGGAAAGAAACUACCACAUCUUCUACUACAUGCUGAUGGGUUUGCCAGCUGACCAGAAGAAGAUCCUGUCACUUGGGAGCGCUGCUGAGUACAACUAUCUGACCAUGGGUAACUGCACCAGCUGUGAAGGGCGCGAUGAUGUGAAGGAGUACGCCCACUUCCGCUCAGCCCUGAAGGUCCUAAUGUUCACAGACAACGACUCCUGGGAAAUCUCCAAACUGCUCGCCGCUAUCCUUCACAUGGGAAAUGUGGACUUUGAUGGCACCAUAGUGAAUAACCUGGAGGGCUGCAACGUCAAGUCAUCAUCAAGUUUCAACAUGGCCAGCAAACUUUUGGAUGUGGACUCCAAACAUCUGGGCAAGAGUCUGACUAAGCGCUCCUUCUUGACAGCCAGAGAGAGCGUGACCAAAACUCUGACCUCUGCUCAGGCUGUGGACGGCAGAGACGCCUUUGUCAAGGCUAUUUAUGGAAGACUCUUCAUUUGGGUGGUGGGCAAAAUCAACACUGCCAUCCACAAGACCUCUGAAGACUCCAAAGAGACUCAACAGUCCAUCGGCCUUCUGGACAUCUUCGGCUUUGAGAACUUCGAAAAAAACAGCUUUGAGCAGCUGUGCAUCAACUUCGCCAACGAGCAGCUGCAACAGUUCUUCGUCAAGCAUGUUUUCAAGCUGGAGCAGGAGGAGUACGCCCGCGAGAACAUUGUCUGGGAGCGUGUCGACUACAAAGACAACCAGGGAACCCUGGAUGUGCUCGCCAACAAAUCUCUGAACAUCCUGGCUCUUAUUGAUGAGGAGAGCAACUUCCCCAAGGGCACAGACACCACAAUGCUCCAAAAAAUGAACCAGCACCAUGGGAAAGGAGACAUCUAUCUUCCACCCAAUAACAACUACGAGACUCAGUUUGGAAUCCGUCAUUUUGCCGGAGUUGUCAACUACGACUCAAAAGGUUUUCUCGAGAAAAACCGUGACACCCUCAGCCCAGAUCUGAUCCAGCUCGUUGAGACCUCCGAAAACAAGCUCCUCAAACAGGUGUUCCACAACGAGCUGGCCUCCAGUACAACCAAGACCAGCUCCAACCCCAGGAUGAACUUCACCUCAAGCAAGAGCUCUCUGAGGCAUGCAGCUGAGAAGAAGCGCACCCCGACUUUGAGCGGUCAGUUCCGACAGUCUCUGGACUCCCUGAUGAAAACGUUGACUGCGUGCCAGCCCUACUUCAUCCGCUGCAUCAAACCCAACGACUUCAAGAAGCCCAUGCUGAUUGACAGAGGCCUGUGCCUGCGUCAGCUGCGUUACUCUGGCAUGAUGGAGACAAUCCGGAUCAGGAAAGCCGGAUACCCGGUCCGCUACACCUUUGAAGAGUUUCUGGGCCGCUACCGUGUCCUGCUGAGAACUUCCCUCUGUGAUCCAAAAACAGAAAGCAAAGAGAAAUGCUGCGAAAGCAUUUGUGAGACUGUGCUUGACGGAAAGGGCGACUGGAAGACUGGAAAGACAAAGAUAUUCCUGAAGGACAUCCACGACAUGAUGCUGGAAGUGGAGCGAAUGAAAGAACUAAACGUGAAAGCACUUGUCAUCCAGAAGGUCAUGAGAGGCUACAAAUACAGGAGGGAGUUCCUGAGGAAAAGGAAGAGCGCUCUCGUCAUUCAGAAAUACUGGAGAGGACACAAAGGAAGAAAGCUGUACAAAGUGGUCCAGCUGGGCUUCGCAAGGCUGCAGGCUCAGGUUCGCUCCCGCCAGCUCCACUUCCUCUACAACAAGAAGCGGGAGGCAGCCGUCGUGCUGCAGGCCAAUGCCAGAGGAUAUCUGGCCAGGAAGGAAUGGAAACGCAAGAGAAACGCCGUGAUCCUCCUGCAGACGCAGACCAGGGGCAUGCUGGCAAGAAAGGCUCUGAUGAAGAUGAAAAGAGAUAAAUACCUCUCUGAUAAAGAGAGAGAAGAGGAGCAGAGGAUCAUCAGGGAGAGACAGAGACACCUGGAGGAAGUGCUGAGGCAGAAGAGAGAGAAUGAGGCCAAAUCCCAGUCAGAGUCCAUCACAGACCAGGAGAUGGUGGACAGCAUGUUUGACUUUUUGCCCCCUGAGAUUGGACAAGAGGGACAAGCACCUGUGGGAUUCGAGAAUUUCGAGAAGAAAAGGGCCACUAUGGAGGUGAUCGACAUAGACGACUUCCCCAUGGAGGAAGAGCUUCCCGAAGAAGACUACGAAGACCUGGACGAGUACUCCUUCUCCAAAUUUGCUACCAUGUCCUUCCAGGGUGCAGCCACGGCCACGCACAUCCGCCAGAGGCUCCGACAGCCCCUGCUUUACCACGAGGAGGCAGAAGAUAUCACGGCUUCGUUGACAGUGUGGUGGAUCAUUCUGAGGUUCAUGGGAGACCUCCCUGAGCCAAAGAAGCAGGUGAAGGUUCACGCAAGGCAGAACCCUGUGCAGGAACGCUCAGUGCUGCAGGACGUGAUGAACAGAAAGGACAGACGUCUCAGCCACAUGGUUGGCCUGGAUCAGAGGGUGCUAAGGAAUAAAACUCCAAGAAAGGAUUCCACAAUCCCUGAGGAGUCGACACCAAACAGGAAAGGCUCCAUUUUCACAGACCUGUUGGCAAAAAACAGAAAAUUGUCUGCAGUUCCCAGCGAAGGGGCUUCAAACCAGAAGGUAUACACCGUACCGGAAGGGAACCCUCGGGCAAGGAAGGGAUCCACGUUCACCGACAUGCUGUCCAGAAACAGAAAAGUAUCCACUGCUCCAGAUUUGGGAGCCCCAAGAACUAGCUUCAGGAAACCGUCAAUCAUCAUGGAGGAGUCCGACAAUAUGACCGAAGUGUCCAAGCCUCCAGCCCUGCAGACUCUUAAGGAGGACAGUGAUGUCAUGACCGAUCCAGAUGAUAGUGCCACUCUGGAUCGACCGCUGACGACUCUGGAAAAACUCCACGCCAUUGUGGGAUACGGCAUCAUCAGGCGUGACCUCAGGGACGAGAUUUACUGUCAGAUCUGCAAGCAGCUUCAGGAUAACAACAAUCGCAACAGCUACCACCGCGGUUGGAUCCUGCUGUCGCUCUGCUUGGGCAUUUUCUCUCCAAGUGAUAGCUUUAUAAGGUACCUCCAAAGUUUCAUCCGCUCCGCUCCAGGGGGCUAUUCUUCCUACUGUGCUGAAAGGCUGCGGCGCACUACAAUGAACGGAGUGCGAGGCGAACCUCCAGCCUGGAUGGAGCUUCAGGCAAUCAAGGCCAAAAAGAACAUGAUUGUGUCUGUGGCAGUGAUGGAUGGACGCACCGUCAACCUGCCUGUUGACUCAGCAUCUACCUCUAAAGAGGUCUGCCAGAUCCUGGCCAACAAAAUCAAACUCAAAGACACAUUUGGAUUUUCUCUCUAUGUGGCUCUGUAUGAGAAGGUGUGGGCUCUGGGCAGCGGCCGGGAGCACGUGCUGGACGCCAUCUCUCAGUGCGAGCAGGAAGUGAAGAGGAGAGGAGGGCAGGAGCAGCACGCUCCCUGGCGUCUCUUCUUCCGCAAGGAGGUCUUCACCCCCUGGCAUGACUGCAAAGAGGACAAGACCAGCACGGAGCUCAUCUACAAACAGAUCGUCCACGGUCUGAAGACUGGAGAGUACCAGAGUAAAAAGGAGGAUGAUUUUGUUCAGCUCACUGCAAAACAUUUAUACAUCCAAAACGGCUCAGACAGCAGCCCAGAAAAGGUGAAGGCAGCUGUGCAGGAGUGCAUCAACAGCUCCCUGCUGGACGCCAAGUCAGAGGACAAAUGGGUGCAGAUGGUCAGCACGGCUCACACUGAGGGUUCCUUUGUGAGUUCAAAGCAAAAGGCAGAUUCAGUGAAGGCAGAGAUUGUGGACUACGCCCGGGAGACGUGGCCCAUGUUCUUCUCCAGGUUCUUUGAGGUUGUCAAGCUGUCAGGUCCUCCACUGGCUAAAAGCAAGUUCAUCGUGGCCAUAAACUGGAAUGGCAUCACCUUCCUGGAUGAGAGAGAGAAGAGGCUGCUGGAACUCUCCUUCCCAGAAGUCAUGGCAGUCAAUGCCACAAGGAGCAGUAAAGCAUCUGGCCAUGCAGUGAGCAUGCUGACUCUGAAAGGAGAUUUCACCCUGAGCGGAUCCGCAGUGGAGGGCAUGGCCGAGCUGAUCACCAUGUUCCUCAGCGGACUCACGGAGCGCUCUCAGUACGCCGUGACUCUGACGGAAGUCGACAGCCGAGAUGACCCCACGUUGCUGAGCUUCAAGAAAGGAGAGCUCAUCAUCGUUAUCAAAGACAACGAGCUAUCUCAGGAGCGCGGCUGGCUCAAGGGUCAACAUGAAAAAACGAAGAAAACAGGAGCCGUCUCCACUGAGUCCAUCCUGGUCCUGCCCACGCUCACCAAACCCUCUCACGAGAUCAUGAACCUCCUCAACCUGUCUCCUAACCAGAGGAAGGAUGCCAUAAAAGCAAACCUGAAAGAAACAGGCACAAUGGAGAGAUUAGCUCUUGCCACGCUGAAAGAAUUCUCCAUGGAGUAUUUCAGGCAGCCCUCUAUGGACGUGAACCGGCAGGUGAUUGCUAGGAACGCUCCUCCCGAGAGGCUGUGGGUGAACUCCAGAGAGCCAAUCAGACAGCCCCUCCUGAAGAAACUGGUGGGAAACCCCAAGCUCAGCCAGAAAGCCUCUGUGGCCUUCACUGCGAUCCUGAAAUAUAUGGGAGAUUACCCCACCAAGCAGAUGCAGAGUCCUCUCGAGCUCACUGACCUGAUCUUCCGCCCCGCCACUGAAGAUGAGGCGUUCAGGGACGAGGUCUACUGUCAGAUCAUGAAGCAGAUGACAAGCAAUAACAACCGGUUCAGCGUGGAGCAGGGCUGGCAGCUGUUGUGGCUGUGCUGCGGCCUCUUUCCUCCCAGCCAGCCUCUUCUGAGGCACACCAAGCGAUUUCUGGAGACGCGACGCAGAGAGCCUCUGGCCUCUGACUGUCUGCAGCGGCUGCAGAGUUCACUGAGGAUGGAGCCCAGGAAACUCCCGCCACAUCAGGUGGAGGUCGACGCCAUCCAACAGAACAGCACUCAGAUCUUUCACAAAAUCCACUUCCCCAACGACACAGAACAGAUAUUUGAGGUAGCAACCAGCACUAGGAUCAAGGAUCUCAUCCAGAAUAUCAGCAACAAGCUCGAGCUGACUUCAGCAGACGGCUUCAGCCUUUUCAUCAAAACACAGGACAAGGUUCUCAGCCUGAAUGACGCAGACUACUUCUUCGAUAGUCUGAGACAAAUCUCAGACUGGUCCAAGAAAGCCUCUCGCAUGAAAGACGGUGGGACGGUCAACGUAUCCUACCUUGUGUUCUUCAUGAGGAAGUUGUGGUUCAAUGUGAUCCCUGGCAGAGACACAGAGGCUGAUAUUAUCUUCCAUUUCCCUCAGGAGCUACCCAAGUACCUGAGGGGCUAUCAUGUUUGCAGCAAAGAGGAAAUGAUCAGCAUUGCGGCUCUGCUCUUCAGGAUAAAGGUCAGCAAUGACAAGAGCCAGCUUGUCAUGAUUACCAAGAUGCUAAAGGAGCUGGUGCCUGCAGACCAACUGAAGGCCUUGUCUGAGAAUGAUUGGAAGAAGAGUAUUACCGCCACUUAUAACAAACAAGUUGGCAUGACUGUUGAUGAAGCUAAGAUGGGAUUUCUGAAGACGAUUUACCGAUGGGACACGUUCGGCUGUGCAUUCUUUGAAGUGAAGCAAACAUCAGAGCCAAAUUUUCCAGACAUUGUGCGAAUUGCUAUCAGCAAGCAGGGACUCACCAUCAUCCAUCCCAAAACCAAGGUGGAGCUGGCAAAUCACCCAUUCAACCGCAUCGCUAACUGGUGUAGUGGAAGUACCUAUUUUCACAUGACUAUUGGCAGUUUAGUGAAGGGGACCAAAUUUCUGUGUGAAACUUCGCUGGGUUACAAAAUGGAUGAUCUUAUAACCUCCUAUGUCAACAUGUACCUCAGAGAGAGGAGGGCAGGUCAAACCAGGAACCAGCGCGUCAACUGAGCCUCGCAAGUGAAGUAGCACGAGUGUGACGCAACUUGUGCCUCCACUCUGCAGCUGCAGAUUCAAACAUGUAGUUCAUACAAACACACACACACAUAAGGGCAGAGCAGAAACAGUUCCCAGUUUUAAAAAAGCGCAAUCAUCUUUACUUGUGCUCUGUGAAGAAAAAAAAAACACAUUGAUUUAUUGGAUGAAACAAAGUUGUUAUAGAUUUCUCACAUUUUAUUUAAAGCUUUGGUUUCUGACCUGAGGGGAAGGUUAUAUUGUGCACACAUUUUAUUUUAAGCUUUAACUGUGGCAAGAAUAUACUGUCAAUUCUAGUGACACUGUUUCAUGAUCCAUAAAUAAAACUAAAACUAAUUAUGUUCAAAAAUGUGUCUCCCAUCCGCAAACAAAAACCAUGCAAGUUGAAUAAAUAAAAAACAUUUUUAGAGAUAGGUCCAACCUAACUCAAG